AACUCCCAUUCGAAGAGGCAGGCGUUGGAGCUUUCCUCGCUGGAAUCACUGAUAUACUUCACCAAUUUUUGAAUUGAACACAUAUUGAGACAGCUAAAGCCCUAGCUCCCAAAACCCAGAGGAAUUAUCAACGAACCCACAAACUAGAAGGAGAACAAGAAGUGAAUAUUUUAAUUAUCUAAUCAAACGAUGCAGCACGAUGAGGUUAUAUGGCAGGUUAUCAGGCACAAUCACUGCAGUUUCAUGGCCAAAAUCACGACUGGGAAUUUCUGUAGAAACCCAUACAAUGUGACGGGGAUUUGUAACCGAAGUUCUUGCCCUCUCGCUAACAGUCGAUAUGCCACCAUUCGUGAUCAUGAUGGAGUUUUCUAUCUAUAUAUGAAGACAAUAGAAAGGGCUCAUAAACCCAAUGAAUUGUGGGAAAGAGUUAAGCUUCCCAGAAAUUAUGAAAAGGCUCUUGAGAUUAUUGAUAAACACUUGACUUAUUGGCCUAAGUUGCUCGUACACAAAGUAAAGCAACGGCUAACCAAAAUGACUCAGAUGCGCAUUCGUAUGAGGAAGCUUGCUUUGAAGACAAGGUUAGCUCCAUACUGUGCUAUAAAAUUUUUCUUCUUUCUGUAAUCAAUUUUUUAUGAAGCUGGAAUUAUGCCCUAAGAAUGGUGGACUGUAUUAGUGCACCGCUUUGUUUGUCCUGGCAACAUUUUUAUGGAGUGAUUUUGGAAUAUUGAGCAACACCUUAGACCCAUGCUCUAAUUUUCUCUGAAUUUCAUGUUAUAAUACACCUUUUGGUUGGUGUUACCAUUUAACUUGUGACGUGAUAGUUACAUCUUACAUGUUGCUUUUUUUAAAUAUAAUAGUUCUUGAACCUAUGAAAUGUCUGGAGCGAGUGAGGUUGUUUUUCGUCAUCUCCUCUAAUGACAGAAUUGUGUUCUUGAUUUUACACUGUUUAUGGGGCAACCGUUGCCAUCUAAAAGAGCCUCUUCAUGGACAUUCUUCUGGAAUAUUAUCUCUGACUUUUGACCUGAUAUAGGUUUGGAUGAUUUCCAUUUUUUUCCCGGUUAACAGCUUUGAUAAUUGGCAUUUAACAGGAAUUGGAUGAGUGUCAUUGUUUUAAGUGAUUGAUGCUUAUGCUAAAAGAUUUAGUAGCAUGAAUUUGUUAUGGAUUCCAGACAAUAAAAAUAGUUUUAUAAUUAUCUAUACAAAAUUGUGAAAGUCCAAGUAGUUGCACAAUUAGUUCCUUCUUAUUUGAAAAGAAGAUGACAAUUAACUGGCAGGAUGCGAAACGCUAUUUUUCACCAUGAAUAAUCUGUAAACAAAAUUUGACGAAUUUUUUUUCAUAAGAAAGAUAUUAGUUUUUUGCUUUUUUGCCAAUCACAUUCUUAAUUAAGAUUUCCCAAAUUUUGCUGGAGAUUGAUUUAGUCAUGGCUCCUUUAGGCUUAAUGGUGUGCAUUAAACUGUAAGCAA